AUGAAAUCUAAACACUUAUUGCAGUCUGAAUACCAUGCUAAGAAUGGUCCAAGAAUAGCGGAAUUUAACUCUCCGAUGGAGGAUGAAUUGGAUAAUUACGACACGGAAACUAUCUCUGUCAUACUGCCCGAUGAGGCACUAAUGUUCUUUCUGCAUACUGUUGGUGUGCUAACGUCCAAAAAGGACUCCACACCUGCGAUAAUAAUGCCUUCGAACGUAAAAUCUCAGGAAAGAAUUCAUUUUCUAGAAGAAAAAGGCAGCUUCCUCUGUGUGUGGGAUGAGUCGACGUCAAGUUAUGCAAUCGGCCACGUGCCCAACGGUGGGUACUCAUUGGCUUCGAUAGAAAGUGCAGAAAGCGGAACAAAGGUCCAAUUUCUUCGGCCACAGUCAGAAGAAGUCAUCGCUCUAACAUCUAGAGAUCUUGUUGGGAGAAUCGAUGGCCCUGUGAUUGCGAAGCCUAGUAAUUAUAAGAAUCAAAUAGUUCCCUUGAAUGUCUCAUCGAUCUCCCAAUCUGGUGUGUCCUUUAAAGACCUCGCAAAUAUUGUCAAUGCAAUUUAUUGCAUACUGCCUCAUCCUCACCAAGAAUUUCCUUGGGAAAAUCGCACUUGUAUGUGCCAACAACGAACGCUCCAACAAAUGGAAAAUUCAAAAUCGAAUGAAAAUGACAAUAAAGUUAACAAUGAAAAGACUGAACCAAGCAACUUGAAAAUAUCCGCACCUAGACUCAACUAUUGGCCUCAGUUACAAGACCGAAGCGAGAAGACUAAAUUAAAUGUAAUCGAUUGUGAUGAUGAUGAUGACAACAAAGAAGGGGAUUCAAUAGAGUCUGUCAAGUCUCCUGAAUACACGUCCAGAAAUUGUUCUGAGGAACUGGUUCCUGAUUCGAAAGUGACAUUGGAGAAAGACGAGGAUUUAUUUGAGGAAAAUUUGGAAGAAGAAGAUCGUACUUCUGAUCAUGAAGACUAUUCCAAAAGCUCACCGGAAUCGGACUCAGAAGCCAAUUCAUCCCAAACGUCAGACUAUUCUGAGGUAUUUUCGUAA